AAAUGGGUGACGAGGACUACAACUUUGCACCCAUCACUCCCCCUCACCUGCCGGACCACAUGCUGCCCCCUCACCUGCCCCAGGACUCCCCCACUGGACCCUAUGGCUCUCUGGACGGGCCGGCCCACUCGGCCCCCCACCAUCCCUACCAGCUGCAGGGCAUGAAUGUCCCCAGAAUGCCCCGCAGUCAGGAUGGCGCCACCAUGCUCAACCAAGAUGGCGGCACCUUCAGCCCCGACGGUGCGGCCAUGACCAGCACUCUGUCGGUGAUGCAGCAGAUGGUCAACUCCGACUCUCGCUUCACCAGCAGCCAGCAGCCCAUACAAGCUGCCCUGGGACCCAGGAGCCAAUCAGGAGCCGGCCAGCUGGCCACCAUCAACCAAUCCCAGCUGACCCACAAUUCUCCUUCUCCUCCUGGGAGCACAUCUGCCACACCCUCACCUUCCAGCUCACCACACCAGGACGACCACGAUGACAACCUCAGGGGCGAGAAGCGGCCUGCAGCCUUCGACAUGUCCAAGAAAGCCAAGACGCCCAAGAAGAAGAAGCGGAAGGACCCCAAUGAGCCGGUGAAGCCGGUCUCUGCCUACGCUUUGUUCUUCAGGGACACCCAAGCCAACAUCAAGGCCCAGAACCCCAACGCCACCUUUGGGGAGGUCUCCAAGAUUGUGGCCUCCAUGUGGGACGGCCUGGGAGAGGAACAGAAGCAGGAGUACAAGAAGAGGACAGAGACUGCCAAGAAGGAGUACCUGAAGCAACUGGCUGCCUACAGGGCCAGUCUGGUCUCUCAGAGUUACAACGAUCCAUCUGAGAUGAAGCCGGCCUCCUCCUCCUCCUCCAUCUACACAUCCAAGUCACCCGUCUAUGCGGGCCAGCACCAGCACCCCAACAUGUACAUGCCAUACCCCCACCACUCCACUCACCUGCCUCAGAUGCACACCUUGUCCACCAGGGGCAGCGUACCUCGGCCCACCCUGUCCCUGGGAGGCUCCACCCCUCCCCACCAGGUCAGCCCCCCACUCCACAGCCAGACUCACCUGGGGGGGAUGCAGCAUCAGCAUCAGCAGCACUCCAUGGCCAUGACACACCCCCCCGCCAUCACACAGGCCUACUCCCUCCAGUCAGAGUAUCAGCCAAUGAUGAACAGGGGAGCCAUGAUGUCAUCACCAGUGGACUACCAGCAGCUGGGCCCACACCAUCACCCGUCUCUGGACUGGAGCGCCCAUUACCAUGGCAACGGGACUCCUCAGCCAGACAAGACUUUGUACCUGACUUAGUCCACAUCAUGGGACCUCCUUGGACCUCGGACCAAGCACUCAGGAGGGGACCUCCCUUACCAACAAAGUACAAGACCCCCAAUGCAGAAGGAGUCACAUGACCUUGUGAGGGAGGGGUCCAAACAGGAAGUAGACGGCCUGACUUCCUGCAUGUAGAUUAGUUGUAUCUCUAUGGUGAUUGGCAUGGCCAGGAUGCAGUACUCAUGUACAUGAAGUAUUUAUAUCCUACUUGUAUCUCUAUGAAUACUCAUGUACAUGAAGUAUUUAUAUCCUACUUGUAUCUCUAUGAAUACUCAUGUACAUGAAGUAUUUAUAUCCUACUUGUAUCUCUAUGA